GCUGCUCAGUCCAACACAGUUUUACAGACGAAGACCUACAUGUUGACAUAUGAUGAUAUUAUAUUUAACGGCUUUAAAAGACUUGUGUUCCUCCAAAUGUAAGCUAAAUACCACUGCCAUUCACUGUCAACUACAGGGAUAACAGUGGACCUGUCCCAGCUCUGAGAAAAUGGCGAAGAAGAUGCUGCGCUCCACAAUGAACUUGCACAAGCUAAUUAGAGUAGGAACAAAACCUACGAGUCAUCCCAAAAUGAAGGGAAGAACAGGUCUUCUCUUCAGCCUCAUUGUAGCAGUGUAUUCCUAUGGCAUCAAUGCUCAGGCACCAGAGUGUGAAAAUGCCACUGUGGCUGACAUCGUCUUCCUGGUCAAAGGCUCCUCUAGCAUUAGCGGUGAAAACUUUCAAGAGAUCCGGAGUUUUCUCCGCAGCAUCAUCAGGGCUCUCAACAUCGGCCCCAACAAAGUUCGGAUUGGUUUGGCACAGUACAGUAAUAAACCUCAUCAGGAGUUUCUGCUGAAGGACCACACAAACAGUAAAUCCCUGUUGGCUGCAGUGGAAAAGAUUCCCCACCGAGAAGAGGGCAGAGAAACUGACAAAGCAAUCGACUUUCUUCUGAAGGAGUACUUCACCAAAGAAGCCGGGAGCCGAGCUAGCCAACGAGUGCCUCAGAUUGUUGUGGUUAUCUCCGAUGGGGAGUCCAAAGAUAAUGUGUCUUUGCCCGCCCGGCAACUGAGGCAGCAGGGAGUCAUUGUGUAUGCCAUCGGGGUGGGAGAAGUCAACCAGAAGCAGCUCAAGUCCAUUGCCAACCGGCCUUCAGAGCGCUUCGUCCUAACCACUGCCAGCUACCAAGGUCUGCAGACACUGACACAGGGGUUGCUGCAAACUCUCUGCAUGUCCAUGGAGGCUCAGAGGCAAGCUAUAGCGGACAGAUUCGCAGAUAUUUUCUUCCUGGUGGACAGUGGCUUAACUCCAGAAGCGUUCUCCAAAUUUAAGCAACAACUUGUCACUUUGACCAGUCAGCUUAAUGUUGGAGCGUCCACCUACCGUGUUGGUUUGGCUCAGUAUGGUCAAGAUACCAAGGUUGAAUUUCAUCUCAAUACAUUUCAAACGAAACGGGAAAUCCUGAGCACUGUCCGGAGUUUCCUGCUGUCCCCACAACCCGACCAACCACGGAAACUGGGCAGCGCUCUGCAAUAUGCCAGCGACAACUUUUUCACUAAGGAGGCAGGAGGCCGUGCAGAACAAGGCUCCCCACAGUUCCUGGUUGUUGUGAGUGGAAAAGACUCAGAUGAUCGGGUGUCAAGGGAGGAGCUUAAGCUCAAGUCAGCAGGGAUAACUGUUGUCAGGAUGUUCGAAGAUGAAUCAGUGGAGGAAAUAUCUAAAUUUCGUGAAGCAGUGGAGGGAAUACUCGACUUUUCUUUUACUGGUAAACAUUUGAGGCUCCCUAGUGUGGCUGCACCCCCCCAUUUGGAACUCACGGUCUUAAAGGAUUUCUUAAUAACUGAGGAAAAGGAGACCAUUCCUGAAGAAUGCAAAUGGGCUAAUGUGGCAGAUAUUGUGUUCAUCGUUGACCAGUCGGGAAGCAUCGGAGAUGACAACUUCCAGUUAGUGCGUUCUUUCCUGAAAUCAGUGGUGAGCAGCUUGAAUGUCAGCACAACUAGAGUCCGUAUAGGCAUUGUGACAUACAACGAAGCGCCCACAGCACAAGUCUUCCUCGACACGUUUGACGACAAAGCUGAUAUCCUGCAGUUCAUCAACAUCAUACCUUACAGUGGAGGUGGUACGAAAACUGGAGCUGCCCUAAACUUCACUCGGGAACAUAUCUUCAGUGAGGAAAGGGGAAGCCGGAAAGGCAUCCAGAAGCGGCACAGUGUAGGAAUCAAAGAUGCCAACAAAAAUGAACUGUUAAAGAUAGCAUCUCACCCCUCCACCAGCCACACUUUUACUGUGGACAGUUUCACCAAGCUGAAACCGCUGAAGCAGAACCUGCAGAAGACUGUGUGCAGUAACAUCCGUUAUGAAGCAAUCACAGUCCAAUCAAGCAAAACAGACAUCAGACAAGCAUGUGUACAGAAGGAUGAAGCAGACAUCUUCUUCCUCAUGGACGACUCAGGAAGCAUUACAAACCCAGACUUUUAUGACAUGAAGAAGUUCAUCAUAGAGUUUGUUAGCAACUUCCGUAUUGGGCCACAAUAUGUCCGCACUGGGCUUGUCAAAUACUCGGAUACACCAACUUUGGUAUUUGAUGUGACAGCCUAUUCAGACAAAAGUACAGUGCAGAAAGCGGUGGAGAAUAUUAUGCAUGCUGGAGGUGGGACAAUGACAGGAGCGGCUUUGUCAUCCAUGGAACAACACCUUAAGAGGGCAAAGUCAACUCGGGGUUACGUAGUCCCAGAGUACCUGAUAGUCAUCACUGAUGGAGAAUCCACUGAUCCGGUCAAAGCUCCUGCAAAAAAAUUAAGAGACCUGGGUGUUAUCAUUUAUGCCAUCGGAGUGAAAGAUUCAAAUCAGACUCAGCUGCUAGAGAUUGCCGGUGACCUCAAGAGGACUUACUUUGUCAGGAAUUUUGAUGCCCUGAGGUCCAUCAACAGUACCAUCAUCACAGACAUCUGUUCUCCAGACGCUUGCACAGACGUACCACAUGAUCUCAUUUUCUUAACUGACAGCUCUGAGACCAUCUCAGACGAAGACUACCAAAAAAUGAAAGACUUCAUGAAAUCUUUUAUAAGCAGGUCCAUGGUAGGGCAGGAUGAUGUGCACAUUGGUGUCAUGCAGUUUAGCAGCAAAACUAAACUGGAGUUUCACCUAAACAACUAUCACAGCAAACAAGAAAUGCUUGAUACUGUUGAAAAAAUGCAGCAGAUGAAAGAAGGCACUCGCACAGGAAAAGCCAUCAGAGAGGUGUCGAAGUACUUUGAUGUAGCCAAUGGAGGUCGCCAUAACCUGAGGCAGACACUGGUGGUGAUAACAGAUGGCAAGGCCCAGGAUGAUGUCAAAGUCCCCGCUGAGACUCUGAGGGCCAAGGGAGUGGUGAUCUAUGCCAUUGGAGUGGCGCAAGCCGAACUCAGCCAGCUGGUAGAGAUCACUGGCUCAUUAGAACAGGUUUUUUAUAAGAGCGGCUUUGAUGAGAUAAAGGAACUGUACAGCCAUCUGGGCUUGAAGCUCUGUGAACAAGAUUGUAAGAAGACUGAAAGAGCUGACAUUAUUUUCCUGGUAGAUGGCUCUACAAGCAUAAAUGAAACAGAGUUCCAAAGCAUGCAGAAGUUUAUGAUGUCAGUAGUGAACAAAUCCAUGGUUGGCAAGAACCUGACUAAUUUUGGGGUCAUUCUUUACUCCAAUGAACCCAAGUCUGUUUUUUCUCUAAAUGCUUAUGACUCCAAGCAAAAGGUUCUUCAAGCAAUUAAAAAUGCCAUGCAACCACAAGGAGACACCUUCACAAGCAAGGCCUUGACAUACUCAUUACAGUUCUUUAGUGCUGAACACGGUGGCCGAAAAGCAUUCAAGGUGCCUCAGAUACUCAUGGUGAUCACAGAUGGGGAUGCCACUGACUAUCGUGACCUGAAGCCAUCAUCUGAUGCACUGCGAGCAAAAGGGGUUACUGUUUUCAGUAUUGGAGUGAAAGAUGCAGUCAGAGAACAGCUGAACACCAUGGCUGGUGGUGACACAUCCAAAGUUUUUUAUGUGGAUGAUUUUAAGGCCUUAGAAACUCUGUACAAGAAUAUUUCUUCUGUCCUCUGCAAUUCCACUAAGCCAGUUUGUGAGAACGAGAAGGCAGACCUGGUUUUUCUACUUGAUCAGUCAAGCAGCAUCGACCCAGAUGAACACACCAUCAUGAAAGACUUCAUAGCAGAACUAGCAAAAAGCUUUGAAAUCGAUGAACAACUUGUGCAUAUUGGGCUUGCACAGUUCAGUGAUAAUCCUCACCAUGAGUUUUACCUCAGCCAAUACUCCAAGAAGGAGGGUGUGAUGGAACACAUCAAAAAACUAGAAUACCAAGGUGGAAACACCAACAUUGGAAAGGCCUUGGAUUUCAUUAAGGAUUACUUCCAGCCAUCUCGGGGCGGCCGUAGUUGGGUCCCCAAAAAAUUGGUGGUGCUCACAGAUGGUAAUUCUCAUGAUGAUGUGGAGGAUGCAGCUGACCAUAUUAGGGAUCUUGGAGUCGAGGUCUUUGCUAUUGGUGUCGGAGACAUCCAUAAUCUGGUGCUCUUGCAGAUCACUGGCACCCCAGAGAAGCUGUUCACUGUGCAGAACUUUAAAGGCUUGGCAACUAUCAAGGAAAAGGUGGUUAACGCCUUCUGUCCUCCCCCCUCACAACCCCCUGGCUGCACCAUUGAUAUUGCCAUUGGAUUUGAUAUUUCUAAAAUAACUGGAGUUCCUGGUGAGAAUCUCAAGAAGGUUCUGCCAGAGAUUGUCCAUUACAUUUCUUCAGUACAAGGCCUUUGCUGCGUUGGCCCUGCACCUAUUGAGACCAAAAUUGCCUUCCAAGUGGUAGAUGACAAAGGGCUCUCUUUGUAUGACACAAACUUUGAAGGCUACAACGAAGACGUGUUGAAAAAAGUCAUUAACCAUUCGCUGUCACAACCUACCUACUUCAACACUGCUCUGCUGAACUCCUUCAAAGACAGGUUCAAAACUAAAUCCAAUGCUGGUGUGAAGGUGGCAGUGAUCUUCUCAGACGGCCUUGAUGAAGAUGUGAUGAAACUGGAGGAUGAGUCGGAGCUGCUGCGACAGUCUGGGGUUAGCGCCCUGUUGACUGUGGCUCUGGAGGGCGCGCACAACCCCGCCCAGCUGCAGAUGGUGGAGUUUGGCCGAGGAUUCGGCUACAAGAUUCCUCUGAGCAUCAGCAUGUCAAAUAUUGGCAGCACUAUCCUCAAACAGAUUGACUCGGUGUCAGAUAGGGAGUGCUGCAACGUCACAUGCAAAUGUUCUGGACAUGAAGGACCUCGUGGUUCUUCGGGGUCACCGGGAAUAAAGGGUUCGCCUGGACAGAAGGGUCAGCAGGGGUUCCCUGGAGAGGAGGGAAUCAUCGGCGAGCGAGGGCAUCCUGGACUAGUUGGACCUCAGGGCAUCCACGGCUGUCCUGGAGUCAGGGGACCAAAGGGCUUUCGAGGCAUCACGGGUGACAGGGGUGAGAACGGAGAAGACGGCCUGGACGGUAUCAGUGGAGAACAGGGAGUCCCAGGACUAGACGGAGCUCGAGGGCCGAGAGGACACCCGGGAAACCCAGGUAUCCCAGGUAUCAGAGGGGAGGCAGGACUGAAAGGAGAGCGAGGUCUGAGAGGAGAUCCAGGUGAACCGGGCACUGACAACACUGUCGCAGGACCCAAAGGAGACCUCGGCUAUGCAGGCUUACAGGGCGCAAUGGGAGAGGAUGGGCAACCAGGUGAGGGGGGUGGCGAUGGAAACCCGGGUCCAGAUGGAAGAAGAGGCCCCAGUGGUGAGAAGGGUGCACCUGGGGAGCCAGGAGCUCCAGGACUCCCGGGCAGCCCGGGUGCUGCUGGUCCACAGGGUAGCAGAGGGGACAACGGUGAACGUGGACCAAAAGGAACCCCUGGCUUUCCUGGACCCCGGGGUGAACCCGGAGCAGUCGGAGACCCAGGAAAAGCCGGGAACCGUGGCGCUAAUGGACAGAAGGGCCAACCAGGAGAUCCAGGUGCAAAGGGUGCUUCAGGAUCACAGGGACCCAGAGGAUUGCCGGGUCAAGAUGGUAAAGACGGUUAUGGACCUUCUGGACCUCCAGGUGUCAAGGGGGAUCCUGGUUUUCCUGGUAACCCCGGUGUACUGGGUGAGGAUGGUCAGCGGGGAACCAAAGGGUAUCCAGGACGCAAAGGGAACCACGGUCGAGGCGGGAACUCAGGCAGGCCGGGAGAAUUGGGUGUGUCUGGAGACCCGGGACAUCCAGGACACAGGGGUCCCAGAGGUCCCCCUGGAGGCAGUGACAUGUCUGAGUGCCAGCUGGUCACCUACAUCAGAGACAACUGUGCUUGUUGCGCUGGUCAAUCACUGUGCCCGGCCUACCCCACACAGCUGGUGUUCGGCCUGGACAUGUCUGAGGACGUGACCCCGGCCUCCUUCGAGAGGCAGCGCUCUGCCCUCCUCUCCCUGCUGGAGGACAUCACCAUCAGUGAGAGCAACUGUCCGACGGGUGCUCGCGUCGCUGUGGUGGGAUACAGUGCCUACACCAAGUACCUGAUCCGCUUCCAGGACUACCAUCGCAAGAAACAGCUGAUUGAGGUAGUGAAGAACAUUGCCUUGGAGAGGACGGCCAACCGGCGCCAGUUGGGGGCCGCCAUGCGCUUUGUGGGUCAGAAUGUCUUCAAACGCGUACGAGCAGGAGUCAUGAUGAGGAAGGUAGCAGUCUUCCUCUCUAAUGGGCCUUCAGAGGAUGUAGAAGACAUUGUUACCGCUGUUAUGGAGUACCGGGGCCAGGACAUCGUCCCAGCAGUUAUUUCUUUGCGGAACGCUCCAGCUGUUAGACGGGCCAUGGAGGUUGAUGACACAGGAAACUACGUCUUCACAGUGCUGGGACGGGUGCAGGACAUGGCUGCAGACCUGAGGAAGGUUCAUAACUGUGCAAUCUGUUACGACCCAUGCAAACGCUCGGAGGAGUGUGCCGUCAUCCAGAAACCAGAACCACCUCAGCAGGUUGAUGUGGACCUGGUCAUGGUGGCGGACAGCUCCAGAGAGAUGCAGGCUGAUGAGUUUACUGGUGUCCAGCAGCUGCUGGGCUCUGUGGUGGAUCAGCUGGCUGUGAGCCAGAGUCCGCACCAGGCUGGCAAACAGGCCCGUGUGGCUGUAGUCCAGCAGAGCGGCACCCAGAUUCCCAAGGUAGAGUUUGGCCUACAGACCUACCAGGACCGCGACCUGAUGAGGAGCCAGAUCCAGAAGAUGCAGCAGCAGGGUGGGUCCUCUGCGCUGGGGCAGACGCUGGAGUUCACCCUGCAGGAGGUGCUCCUGAAUGUCAGCCAGCCCCGGAGGAGGAAGGCGCUGCUGGUCGUGGUGGGCACCGAAACGGCUAGUGUGGACCGGGCCAAGCUGCAAUACAUCUCCCAGAAGGCCAAGUGUGAGGGGGUGGCGCUGUUUGUGGUGGUGGUUGGAGAUCGCUACAGCCGCACGCAGGGGGAGGAGCUGGCC